AUCUCCAUAUAUUUAUUAAACAGUAAAUGUUUAAUCGAACACUUAAUGUUUAUACCCAAAUAUAAACACCAGUAUUGGCGUUUCAUAUCAUAUAUGCUUUUACAUUCCGAUCUAUUUCAUCUGACAAUGAACAUAUGCCUGCAGUUGUUGAUUGGCGUAUGUUUGGAGAUAGAACAAGGGCAUCUGAGAGUGGCGAUUGUCUAUAUGGCGGGCGUUGUUUCUGGUUCAUUGGCCACGUUAUACUUACUUCCACAGCUUUCGUUAAUGGGUGCUUCGGCCGGUGUCUAUGGUAUGUUGAUGAGCCACUUACCACAUUUAAUAAAGAAUUUUCAUUACUUAACUUACCGUUACUUACGACUAACAUGUAUGGUAAUUUUAUUCCUCAGUGAUGUAUGUUUUACGACAUACCACGCCAUCGCGAAUGGAAAUAUGAAUCCACGGAUAUGUGUUGAAGCUCACAUUGCUGGUGCAAUUAACGGUUUUAUUAGUGGUUUUCUAGUCUACGCAACAAGUGAAAGACAGUCUAUGUCGAGCACAUGCACAUAGCGUUUAUUUAAAAUAAACAUUAAACAUAUGCAAGUAUAUGCUUUUUUGUCCAAGUGCCUAUAAAAGUAAAAUCGAUUACUUACACAUUUAGCAUUGUCUAUAAACAAAAUGUUUGGUACAUAAAUAGCCAUUUAACAUAAUUUGUUGUAUUUAUAGUGUAAACGUAUUUAUUUAUAGUUAA